AUGGCGUCCAAGCGACCGCAAGCCGCGACAGACCCAACGGUCCAGCCGCCCGUAUCAACCGCGGGACAAGUCGAGCUUGCAGCGGCCCGCGCCAUAAGCUCGCUCGACCCCGCCCCCGCCCCCGCGCAACCCGAAUCUCGCCUCACACCCGAAGUCCGGCUCGUGGUAUUCACAAGCCUAGUCUUUCCAGUCGCUUUGAUCCCCUUCUUGAUGCUUCGCCGGAGUCUACACGGUCUACAUGUCAAGACCGAUUCGGUACAAGGCAACAUCAUCGGCCUGCACAGGAAACUGAAAGACACGUUGUACGAUCUAAGCUGGAGGAGGGAGGAACAUGCUAAAUUGGGAGCGACGGUGACGGAAAUGCAGAGUACUAUUGCAAGCUUGAGGGAACAGAUGCAUAAGGAGCAACUGGAGAGGGUUGAGAGGGAGAAGGAGUGGGAGAUGAGGAUGCAGAGGCUUGCGAUGUCUGAUGCAGAGUCCAGGGCGCAGCUCGCACGGCUGCGUAAGCUUGGGGCGUCUAUGGGCGACGUGGCAGCGUUCAUGCACGAGGUCGAGAUCCAGAAUCUGACGCUCCGGCCGCAUGAUGGUCGUGGAAUCGAGCGCUUGAGGCGUGUUGCGGCUGAGGUAUCUGAGGGGAGUAACGCAGACGUUCCCCGUCCCGAGUAA